UCAGUGCAGGUUCAGUGCACUCUCAUUCACACUCAUGCGUGAAAGACAGAUGUGAAAGAAGUAAAACAACAAACGCCGAGUGUGUAGUGUGCGAAGCGGAAUUAUACACAGUUGUGCCACUGUCCGACGAAGCUUGAAGCUAUCCGAAGAUAAAAUAUCCAACAACACAACAAUAACUACUACAAAUUUAUGCGUAUCCAAAGCAACAGCAUAUAAACAGUUGUUUAUCUGUGAUCAAUUUUUCUUUUCUUUCUGUACCAGUCUAAAGUGAUUUUAAGUUUGCUUGUGAGGAAAAGUUGAGAAACCUACAAAAAUAUAUUUGAACACAUUUUACCGUGUUUGCCAGUGUCUAAACCAUUGUUAAUUGGCCAAUGCACUCGGUGCCGGAAACGGAACAAGCGGAUCUCGAAACCAUGGAAGUCGACGCUGUCAGUGCCGAGUUUGGAGGAGGACCGAGCACACAGAACUGGGCCGUAAUUCCAAAGAUCGACGACACGAACAUAGAGCUUCUGAACAAACCACCGAUCGAGAGGUUCAUCGGGAUUCUGGAUCAGCUAGACUCGAAGGUGGAGAUGUUACGCAAGGAGGCCCUGGUGCUGCAGGAAAAGAAAGAUUUUUUGGCCAUGUCCAUGGACUUGCUGAAAAACAAUGAGUAUCUAACCGGACUGAAUGAGAAUGAGUACGAAGAAAUCAAUUGCUAUGUUCAACGAAUAAGUGGUCGUUUGGCCACCGUCGAGCUGAGCGUUUGUACGGUGCGCGAUCGAGCCCAGGAAGACUCCUUGCAUCUGGUGAACAGUUUGAUUGACGAAAUUAUUUCCGGCUCGGAUGCGGUGGUUUCGCGAUUGCGUUGCCAGCAGUUUCUCAACGCUUGCAGCACAACGGACACGACCACGUACACCGAUCUUGAUCCGUCCAUGUGCCUGGAUAAGAAAUUUGAGAGUGCCCUACUUGGAUGUACGCUGGAUGACCAGAAGACCAUCAAGAAGCGCCUGCAAGCACUGUUGGAUUAUCUAAUCAAGCAAACGGUUGUUCACUGAAUUCGGUCACAACUCCAGGCGUGUCAUUUGGGCAGGAUUGAAUCCCAACUUGUGCCAGUAAUGCAGCAGACAGUGACAGUUAGAGUAAAAUAUCUUUAUUUUAAGGCGUUCAGCCGAAUAAUUCGUCAGUACAGUCGAGCAAAUAUUUUAGUAGAUUGCAUUUUCUGUUUUAACUUCAUUAUUCUAACAAGAAGUAGCAAUAGAGAAUAUGUGGCCUGUGUGGUUGAUAAUCGAUUUUAAUACAAAAUUCACAAUUAUAUUAUUUUCUCAACCAGAUAGUGCACUUAGGAUGUAGGAGCAAUUCAAUAAGUCUGAUUGUUUGUAAUGAAGAAUCUUGAAUAAAUUUCGCAUCGCUGUCAUUAGCAUGAA